UGGUUCCGGCGCGCGCCCUGGAAUUCAUCCUUUUGCCGUUGUUGGCCGCCGCGAUGCUGUUAGUUUCUCUAGUUCGGGCUCGUUGCUUCACCCGGGUGUUCGGCCGUUCGCUCUGCGCUGUUCAGCAGGGAAACUGUCCACAGGCAAAGCGUUGGCUCUCUGGCUAAAUGGUUCUCGUAUCUUCACUAUCCGUUAUUUCAGAACUUCAAAAGUAUGCAGGGAGGAAGUUGUCACAGUGAACACACCAGCAUUUGCAGAAUCUGUCACAGAGGGAGAUGUCAGGUGGGAGAAAGCUGUUGGGGAUACUGUAAGAGAAGAUGAAGUGGUAUGUGAGAUUGAAACUGACAAGACAUCUGUGCAGGUUCCAGCUCCAGCAGCUGGUGUAAUUGAAGCUCUUCUUAUCCCGGAUGGAGGGAAAGUAGAAGGAGGAACACCUUUAUUUAAACUCAGGAAAACUGGAGCUGCACCUGCCAAAGCCAAGCCAGAAACAGCCCCUACAGCAGAGCCUGUGGCCCCUGCAGCAGCAGCACCUGCAGCUCCUGUAACACCUCCCUCUGCAGCACCAAUUCCCACUACAAUGCCUCCAGUGCCCCCAGUAUCAGCCCUCCCUGUUGAUGCUAAACCAGUGUCUGCAAUAAAGCCAACUGCCGUGCCAACAGCUUCUCCUGCUGUGGAACCUGGGACUGGCAAAGGUGCCAGAUUGGAACAAAGGGUAAAGAUGAACAGAAUGCGUCAACGUAUUGCUCAGCGCCUGAAAGAGGCUCAGAAUACAUGUGCCAUGCUGACCACUUUUAAUGAAAUUGACAUGAGGGUCUAGUGGUUCCUGUCAUCAGAAAUGUAGAAACGAUGAAUUUUGCUGACAUUGAGCGUGCAAUCAAUGAGCUGGGAGAGAAGGCUCGCAAGAAUGAGCUUGCCAUUGAGGAUAUGGAUGGUGGUACAUUCACCAUCAGCAACGGUGGAGUAUUUGGAUCUCUUUUUGGAACACCCAUCAUCAACCCGCCUCAGUCUGCCAUCUUGGGCAUGCAUGGCAUCUUUGACAGGCCUGUUGCUAUUGGAGGCAAGGUUGAGGUGCGACCAAUGAUGUUUGUGGCGCUGACUUAUGAUCACCGGUUGAUUGAUGGGAGGGAGGCAGUGACUUUCCUGCGCAAGAUCAAGGCUGUAGUAGAAGAUCCUCGAGUUCUGCUGCUUGACCUAUAAAGGGUCACAGCACGUCCUAUCUCACCCCAUCCAGUAGACCAAGGAUACAGCACCAGCAGAUAAAACAGAGGACAUUGAGGAAUCAGCAGGGCUUCAUUCCAGUCUUUUCUUCCCUAGUUGCAAGGGGUGUUUUAAAAGGAAAUUUAAGAGAGACGCUCUCUUCUGAAGAGUUCACUUUAUUCCCAGAAUAAAUCAAAGGCUAUCCUGGUCUAUUCAUGUAUAACCUUUCCAUCCUGCCCACCUCGUCCAAUCCAAUUAGGUCUAACUUUGCCUCUUUCCUGAAGUUAUUGCAGGAGGAGAAACUACUUGCUUCUUAGGUAGAGUUUCCUUCCCAGUCUGAUUUUGCACGAAAAUUUCAGCUUUUAAUUCAUUCUCUGGGGCAAGAUGCCAGAAAAGAGAUAAAUUGCUGCUGGGUCUCUAUUAUGACAUAUAUUUUGCAAAGUUAACAGGAGAGACAAGUUGUCUACCAGGAUUCUUUAUGCAGUGCCUGAUCUUACCACCUCCAUAAUAAAAAGUUAUUUAUUGUACCCCCUCCUACCCAAUUUUUAUGGGGUUUUUUGGCUUUUACAGGCACUUCUGAUAUUAAGACUGUAACCCAACAACUGACUUUAUAGCCUUUAUUGGCAUCAGGCAAUUUAUGGAUGACUUUCAAGAUUUUUUCUCUGCCCCAGGUUUUUAAGAACAGGAGGAUCAUAGUAUAACUCAGAUUGGGAAAAGAUGAAUAAGGCAGAAUUGGUGUCCCUUCUUACAAUUGGGACCAGCUCAAACUGGGUAAUCUCCACAACUGUCCUAAAUUCCAUCCAAUUCUCCUUGACUGACUUCUUCAGCUAUUUGUCUACAGUGGUUUGGCCUGAUUGUGUGGUAUUGUGAGUUGGGACUCAAUUGUCUCUGGCAUAUAUCCUGGCAUAAGACUGCUGGUUCAUGGGGACAUAUCCUUAGUACAAUAGUGUGCACAUGUAUUGUUGAGUAAGAGGGUUGCUAGUGCCUGCAGGGUUCAAUACUCUUGCCCACUGCACAGAACUUGUAACUAAAAUAUUUAACAACAGAUUUUAAAACAAAAUAAAACAAAGAAAUUAUG